AUGAAGUUCAGCACCAUUGUCUCUCUCGGCCUCACGGCCAUCACCGCUCUGGCAGCGCCCACCCCUAGCAUGAUCGAUGUCAAGCGCGGCAUCGAGAAGCGCGCAGCUUCCCUCGAGGACGUUGCCACUGUUGGUUACGCUACCACCAACGGCGGAACCACUGGUGGUAAGGGCGGUAAGACUGUCAAGGUCGCCAGCCUCAGCGAGCUCACCGCCGCCGUCAAGGGCGACAACGCUGCCAUCGUCCUCAUCACCGGCCCCAUCAAGGGCUCCGGUGACAACGUCAAGGUCGGCAGCAACAAGUCCAUCAUCGGGCAGAACAGCAAGGUUGUUCUUGAAAACUUCACCAUCACCGUCAAGGGUGUCAAGAACGUCAUUCUCCGUAACUUUGCUAUGCAGAAGGUCGUCGGUGGCGAUGCUAUCGCCAUCCAGAAGUCCAAGAACGUCUGGGUUGACCACCUCGACCUUUCUUCCGACCGUGACCACGACAAGGACUACUAUGACGGUCUUCUCGACAUCACCCACGCCGCCGACUUCGUCACUGUCACCAACACCUUCCUCCACGACCACUGGAAGGCUUCCCUCAUCGGCCACUCCGACAACAACGGCGGCGAGGACAAGGGCCACCUGACUGUCACCUACGCCAACAACUACCUGUCCAACCUCAACUCGCGCGGUCCUUCGUUCCGCUUCGGCACCGGCCACUUCUACAACAACUACUACGAGAACGUCUCGGACGGCAUCAACACCCGCCAGGGCGCGCAGCUCCUCGUCCAGAACAACGUCUUCGUCAACUCCAAGAAGUCGCUGUACUCGACCGAUGCCGGUUACGCUGUCCAGUCUGGCAACGACUUUGGCAGCGGCAAGAACACCGCUUCCAAGGGCACUCUCACCAAGGUUCCCUACACCGUCUCCGGCCUCCUUGCCGCCUCCAAGGUCAAGGCUGCCGUUGUCGGCACUGCUGGUAACACCCUCUCCUUCUAA